AUGUUAUUCCGUCGUCUUAUUUUAUUACCGUGUAAAAGAACAACCACAUCAUUUUUCAAAAGAUUUCAGUCUACUCAAUUUUAUCCAAUCAAUGAUACAUUCUUUGGUUUAACAGACGAUCAAAAACAGUUACGUGACACAACGUUCAAUUUUGUACAAAAAGAACUUGCACCAAAAGCAAAUGAUAUUGAUCGCACAAAUACAUUCAAAGAACUACGAGAGUUUUGGAAAAAAAUGGGUGAAAUUGGUUUAUUAGGCAUUACUGCACCAGUCGAGUAUGGUGGCUUGGGUCUACAUUAUACGGAACAUUGUAUUGCCAUGGAGGAAAUAAGUCGUGCUAGUGGCGCUAUAGGACUAAGCUAUGGUGCACAUUCCAAUCUAUGUGUGAAUCAACUCGUUAGAAAUGCGAAUGAUGAACAAAAAGAAAAAUAUUUACCCAAAUUAAUUAGUGGCGAACAUUUUGGUGCCUUGGCUAUGAGUGAAACUGGCUCUGGUUCGGAUGUGGUUUCAAUGAAAUUGAGAGCAGAUAAAAAAGAAAGUAAACGUCUAGCUAAAACAAGAAACUUUGGUGGUCAACAGUAUUAUUCGAUGCCUCCUACGGGACCGUACGGUUUUGGAGGACCUUUAACUCCAUUUUCACAAGCUAUUGGCAAUGGCUUACCUCCUCAACCUGGUGUACUUCCCCCUUAUUAUUCAUCAACCGGCAUCCAACAACAAACGAUUUCAUUGCCAAAUCGCCGUUAUCCUCCUAAUCAUAAUUAUAAACUUUACUAUUUUGAUGGUCGUGGUCGAGGAGAAGUAAUUCGUCUGAUAUUUUCAUUUGCCGGUGUUCCAUUUAAAGACAAACGUAUGAAAGAAGACGAAUGGCCUACACUGAAAGAUCAAAUGCCAUUGAAUCAGGUACCUGUUUUAAAAAUCGAUAAUGGUUUUAAAUUACCUCAAACAAAUGCGAUCGUACGUUAUUUAGGCAAUGAAUUUCGUCUAUUUGGUAAUAAUAAAUUUGAUCAUGCAAUUAUCGAUAGUGUUUUGGAAACUAAUCGUGAAUUAAAAGAGAAAAUAUUCGCAUUGAUACAUGCCAUGAAUCCUGAUCAACAACGUCAAGUUGUCAAGAAAUUUUUAGAUGAUGGUGAAGCUAAUAUACAUUUAAAACGAUUAGAAAAAUUAUUUGAUAAUUAUGGUAGACAUGGUCCAUUUUAUCUUGGUACUCACGUAUCAUUAGCUGAUCUUAUUGUUUAUGAUGGUCUAUAUAAUAUUAUUGAUGCUGAAGCAAAAUUCUUAGAUAAUUAUCCAAAAUUAAAAGAAAAUAGAAAGCGUCUAGAAAAACAUCCUCAAAUGGCUAAUUAUCUAGGAUUAAAUCAGAAACAUAAACAACGAUCACCACAUUUACGUCGUGGUAAAUCACCAACACCUGUGAAUCAAACAAGUGGUGGUGGAAGAGGUAAUUCGCACGAACGAAAACGUCAACAUGGCGGUCAUCAUAGCAAUAAUGGGCCAACUGGUGACGAAAAUCGUCGUACCAGUCAUCACCAUCGACACCAUCAUCGAACAAGACAAUCUAAAUCGCCAAGUGUCGCAACCAAUAAUCAGAAUAUACGAAGACCAAGUGAUGUUACUCCAUCACAUCAAUCUACACGUUCUCCGAUUAAUGUACCUGAUAGUACAUCAAUUCGAAACGGCUAA